AUGGUGUACAGAGGGAAGCCGUCAGCAGGCUGCGAGAACUGCCGCAAAGCGAAGAAGAGAUGUGACCUCGAGCAACCGGCUUGCUUACGAUGUGUCAAACUCAAGAAGACAUGCUCUGGCUACCGCGAUACCACAUCUCUACAGAUUCAAGACGAGAGCGAGUCCGUGAGACGCAAGUCAGAAAAGCAGCAGGCUAGGACUCCCUCGCCUCAGCCGCCCCAACAAUGGCGGCAGCAUUCUUCUCCUAUCCAACAGCCGACUAAAUCUAAACCAAAGUCCAACUUCCUAGCUCCGCCAACUGUCACGGACACUCCCACUGGCAUCCCGACCCCUGAAUCUGUUCACAGCGAUUCGACGUCUUCCAGCGACAGCACCGUUGAUCUAGAACGGCAGAUAUUAGACCCGUCAUGGUCACCCAGCGCCGUUGACUUUGCCUCAGACGACCUUUUGUUCGAUCCUUCAGACUCUUCCUCCUUGCUUCUUACCACAUCACUCAUGCCAAAACCGGACGACAUCGCAGUCGCAUACUUCUUCAAUCAAUUUACGUGCGAGAAUCACUGGUCUUUCAUGCGCCUGUUCGCAGCAGAGCGAACACUCGAUCCAUGUCUCGACCUUGCUAUCAGAGCCUGCGGCAUGGCUGCACUCGGCAACGUGCAGGUCGUGGCAGGAGGUAAGCAGUAUGCUCGCUCGAUGUACACAGCGGCGCUGGGACUGCUUAACGAUGCCUUACGGGAUCCCCAGCGAAGUAAGACCGAUGAGAGCCUGAUAGCCGUGGCCAUGCUCAGCCGUUUCGAAAAUCUGACCUGCGAUGGCCGUGACUCGAUACAGUCGUGGAAAGCCCAUAUCAAAGGGUCGACCCAGUUGCUCAAGGUUCGAGGCAAAUCGCAGUUUUCGACGCAUAUCGGCAGGAUGCUGUUUAGAGAGAUGCGGGCGCAGGCCAUGAUCAAUGCGAUAUGGGAGGACGAAUAUGUUCCACCUUUCUUCCGAGAUUUCCAAGACGAGCUCGACACAUAUCAAGACGAAGGCGUCUUCAACCCUAUAGACAAUCUCACCAAAAUCUGCUUCGACCUGGCCGACCUACGAGCGCAAAUACGGCUUGCUAAGAUCCUACCCGCGCAAGCCGUUCAGCAGGCUUCGGAGCUCGAGACACGAUUCAUCCAGUGGGCUAUCGAAACAUCAUCAAACGAAUUAUGGCGAUACACAGAACAAGAAGUAAAGGACUCCGAACACGUCUGGGACGGGAAAGUGUACUCCUUCCGCGGCCUCUCAAUAACGCCAACGAUCUGGCUUACUUAUUUCAAUAUGCGGAUAAUGCUCAGUCGUGUACAAGAGGGCCUGUGCCGACAGAUCCAGUUCUCGGCUGAAGAGCGAGAAGAGCAAACACUCUACUUCCGCCGCACUCGCCGCCAGAUGACUGACGCGGUCUGCGCUACAGUGCCUGUAUCACUCGGGCAUAGCAGUCCGGCGUACUCAUCGCCUUGUGUUUUGAUAACGGCUUACGGAGCACUGUGGCCGCUUUUCUUCGCCGGCACCUGCGCUUUAGAACGAACAGGACCCGCGGCUCUGUCGAUAUGUCGGGAUCAGCCACUUCCAUCUGGUCAGACGUAUGGUAUAGCUGCUACUCAAGCGCAAUGGAUUCUCGGCCGGCUGAAGUAUAUCUCGCAAAAGGUUGGGUUGAAGUGGGCAGACGGGGUGGCGGCGACGUUGAGAGGCGAGUUCAUGGUUCCGGAGCAUUUGGUGGAAGAGGACAAUCGAAGACCAGUGCCAAAGUUGGGCAAAGACGUGCGCGCUGGUUGGUUAAGGAAGGCUGGGAAAAGGCCACUCUCCACGGCCGGAACACCGACUGAGACUCCGGCCAUUCGUGAUGGAGUGCCCUGGGUAGAACUCGUCCGGGAGACGGUUGAUUCGACUCGGUUUGCUGGACAACUUCAAGCGGACACCGGGGCAUUACUUGAUAUCCAAGGGCCCAGCCAUGAGUUUGUCAUGUGA